UCAACCGGGCGUAUACGUGUUUUAUUUUCUCGCUUUUAUAACAAGCGAAAACAAAUCUAUUAUCUGCCAUGGCGGCUAGCAAAAUACCCGAGUGGAUCACUGCGGAACUAUUCGAAGAUGCCCUCAAGUCUAGUGUGGAGGGAUACUCCAAGGUUAGGAGCUUCAAGGCGGAAAUGGGAUCCGCGGCGGGCGAGAAUUACGCCACCGUUAUGCUGCGUAUUCACAUCGAAGUAGAGCUGCAGGAUGGUAAGACCAAGCGGGUCUCUUUCAUGGUCAAGUUGCCACAUCAAUUGGAGUUGUACCAAGAAGUGAUGAAGCACACGAAUGUCUUCGAAAUCGAACGCAUAAUGUACACCCAGGUGGUGCCCGAAAUGGAGGCACUCUACAAGGAGGCAGGAUUAGAAGUCAGGUUUGGCGCCAACAGCUAUGAUCUCAGGAAUGCCCAGACCGACUAUGUAGCUCUGGAGGAUCUGAGCAUCAAGGGGUUCAAGAACACUAAUCGCCUCGAGGGACUCGACCAAGCGCACACCGAGAGAGUGCUCUGCAAGUUGGCCCAGUGGCAUGCGGCCACAGCUGUGCGGAUAGCCACCAAAGGCCAGUAUCCGGAGGUCUUGCUCCCGGGCUUCUUUAAGGUGGAAAAUAAGCCGAUGAUGAACGAGAUGAUGAAAGGAAUGGGGCAGAGAUUCUUCCAGUGCUGCACCACCUACGAGGGAAACGAAGCUUACAUAGAAAAGAUCAAAGCCCUAAAGCCAGUGGUAAUAGAUGAAAUGUUCAAGCUGGGUGUCGUGGAUCCUACGGAGUUCAAUGUGCUAAACCACGGCGAUUGUUGGUCGAACAACAUCAUGUUCCAGUAUGACGAAAUUGGCAAGAUCAAGGAGGUCUACAUGGUUGAUUAUCAGGUACCCAAGUACGGAUCUGUUGCCCAGGAUCUUCUGUAUUUCCUAAUAUCAUCCACAAAACUGGAGGACAAGCUGAGCAAGUUCGACUAUUACGUAAAGAUUUACCACGAUAAUCUGGUAGAGCACCUCAAGAUCCUGAAAUACUCCAAGCCUCUGCCAAGUCUGAAGGAUAUUCAUAUGGCACUGUAUAAAUACGGACUAUUCGCUUAUUCUACAGCCACUGGAGUUAUGGCAGCCGUUCUGGUGGAUCCCACAGACAGCGCCAGUUUUGAGAACUUCCUCAGCGAUUCCGCAGAGGGAGCGGAUUUCCAGAUGCAAAUGUACAACAAUGCCCGCUAUAGGAAGCACAUCCAAUUGAUUCUGCCGUGGCUGCUUAAUAGAGGAGCUCUGGAUAUCAGUCAAGAUUAGAUUUAAAUUAAACCAAUUUAGUGUUGAAUUGGGAGAUCUAUUCACUGCAUUCCUAAUAGAUAUAUAAAACCUUUUUAAAAUGUA